CUCUCCGCGGCCAUGUGGUCCGUGCUGUGGGCGGCCGUGCGCUCCAAGGCGCCCUACGUCACCUUCCCGGUGGCCUUCGUGGUGGGGCUGGUGGGCUCGCAGCUGGAGUGGUUCCUGCGCGGGGACCCCCCGGCCACGGCCCAGGACGAGAAGAGCAUCUCGGAGCUGCGCGAGGACCGCAAGCUGCAGGAGAUCGCGGGCGAGGACCUGACCAAGGUGGUGAGCCUGAAGGACAAGCUGGAGUUCGCCCCUCGGGCCGUGCUCAACAGGAACCGCCCCGAAAAGAGUUAAUAAAGGGUUGCCCGGGGCAAAGGCCGUGCCCUGGAGCGGCUGCCUGCACUGCCCUGGCGCUGCACGGCUGCCAUCAGCCCUGCUCCUGCACCCUGCGGGCCCUCCGGGCUGCCCACCCCCUGGAUGUGGCCGAGGAACAGCCCCCAGAGCCCGGGGAGAGCGGGCAGGGGGCCCUGCGAGAGCCUGUGCUGUGGUUGGAACUCAUCAGCCCCCGGCCCGGCCUGGCCCCUGAACCACAGAACCCUCCCGGCCUGGUUCCGCCUGUGUCUCCUCAGGUUUGGCUCCUUCCUUGGCCUGAACGUAGAAGAAGGUUGGACCUGAGUGCCGUGAGAUGGGGUCAGGCUGAGCACCGGCAGCAGGAG